AUGGUUCCAAUAAGGAGUAAACUAGCUCUAAAACUCCUAGUCCUCUUCUUAACCAUCAUAUCCUUCAAUGUAGUAGUGCUAGGUGUUGCAUCUAAACACCCAUCACCUAAACACCCAUCACCACCACCGGCUCCAGUUCCAGCAAUCCCCGCGCCAGCAAUCCCUGUGCCACCAGCAUUGCCACCAACCAUCAUCACACCAUCACCACCACCGCCGCCACCUUUCUCGGUGGUAUCAACUAUCAUCAAACCAUCACCACCACCGCCGCCACCUUUCUCGGUACCACCGAUAGGAAAACUACUCAUUUCCGUGGAAGGAGUAGUCUAUUGCCAGUUUUGCAAGUUUCCUGGCUAUGACAAGGUCCUCAAUGCUUCUCCUCUUCGAGGUGCAUUGGCCAAAUUGGUGUGCUAUAAUAAGAAGGAGAAACAUGGGGUAGUAGUGACAACAAAGACAGAUAGAAAAGGUUACUUCUUGAUCCAAUCCUACAAGUUGAGUGGAUUUCAGGCACGUAGUUGUAAGGUUGUGGUUACAUCGCCUCUUAAGGUGUGUAGCAAGCUUGUGCACCCUGGAUUGCCACUUAGGUUUGAGAGGGUGGUCAAUAUGGGGAAGAGGAGCGCAAAUUUUGCUGUAAGUUGA